UGUUUAAUUUUUUUAUUGUCUGUGUGGGUGUUGUGUGACGUCGACGUGCGUACGCCACGAAAGUUGUGAAUUAAAUAAAUACAAGGUGUUUUCUAGUUGAGUUGAGUGAAAUUGUGUUAAAUUUUUAUAGAAAAAAUCCAACUUUUUUAGAAAUUUCAACAGAAAAUUUAAUAUUGUUGGUUGCGUGAAUAAACUAAAAAGUUUUUUACAUCCUGUUCCAAGUUUAAAACAAGGCCGUGGCCCGUGUCAUUUUAUCUUAAAUUAACAGAUUUUCUUUGUUACGCGAAAGAAAACGAUGUUAUGAGAAACAAUGGACUCCACGUAAAUGCGUUCACUAGAAAACGCUAUAAGUUAUACCGCGUGUGAAAUGUGAUGUAACGCCAUCUGUUGGUGACAGUUAGACACAGCACGAGCGUGGGAAGUUGACAGAGAAGUUGUGUAUAUGAUGCCUGCUCACCUAUUUUGACGGUUUUUGAGCAAGAGUCUAAGGAUUAAGUGGGCGGUAAAGCAUUGUAUGGCUGCGAUUGGGGAAAAAGAACAAAAUGAAGCUCAAUUUGUUCAAACGGUCGAUGAUUUUUGCGACGUUUUUUGGAUCGUGUCUAUGUAUAGCAUUGAUUGUUGCGUCUUUGGGCACGACGCAUUGGGUCGACGCGAGGGCGAGGUGGUUGUCCUCUAACCCGUCUAAACCCCCCACAAAUUACGAUAGGACACGAGAGGGUAGAAUAAACUUUGGACUGUUCGAAGGUCAUAAGGAGUUGCACCUCGGAUAUGGAUCCAGACAUUCCGAUUUGAGUGUGAAAGCCGGCACACACCCCGCUCGUCGAUGGUCAUGGUGCGGAGCAGCGGCGCAGCUAGCGGUCGCCCUGGCGGCUUCGGGCGCCGCUUGCGUCCUCGCCGCGUUAGGCUCCGCCGCCAGAAAUCGAUGCUCGCCGAAACCGUUGCUUAUAUGCAACUGCGCCACUAUACUGUUCACCAUGGGAACUAUGUCCGUGUGGCUGACGGAGUUUUUCCUGCGUCUGCAACACAAUGUCAUGUCUGAUGAAGACCUGUCCAACCACUGGUCGUCAGAUUCCACUGCCGAACUUGGGAUUUCCUUCUGGCUAGUGGUGACAGCGUGUAUAACCGCCUUCGUGAACAACGUGUGCAUCCUCAUAGCGAUGGCGGACGCGCGCGACGCGGACACCAUUGCGCCCGCACUCGAGGAGAAGGUCAACGGCGCCAUCAUGCUGUAUUAGGGAGAUGCCUUAUUAGCGCAUUCCGUUGCAACGACGCAACGUAUCGCAUCUCCCUUAGACGAGUCAAUAUUUGAAAUUGUGCACAAAAAAAUUAACAUAGAAAAACGACUUAACUCACGUACUAUUGUCGGACUAACUGUGUAGAAAAUGUUUACAUAGAAAAACGGUAAAACUAGAUUUUUGUUGAAGUAACUUUGCACAAAACCUUCAUAUAGUAAAACAGCGUGUUUCAUUCGUGAGUUUACUUAAUUUCAAUGUUUUGUGUUUCAAAGUUUCAAUAUUUUCUACACAGUUAGUCAACAGACUAGUAGAAAAUAUUGAAACUUUGAAACACAAACAUUUAAAUAGAAAAAGGGCUAAACACACAUGGCUAUUGUCGAAUUAUGGUUUGCCUAUGCCAACACAUACUAACUGUGUAGUGUUUACUAACUUAUGUAGUAAAAAUAAAAUUCAUUUAUUUCAGGCAUACACCCAUAUUAAGAAAAACAUAAAAGCAAAAAUCAAAAAUAAAAUUAAAAAGUCGAAAUGUAGUGUUUAUGAAUAAAUCUCAGGCUAAUUACAUAAAAUGGACUAGUAUCGCACCCAAAUUCAUAAACAAAAUUGUCUGUAAUUUUUUGAGGAAAUGGAGCUUAGAUUCUUCUUUCUUGACUUAAUUCUUGACCGUUUUUUACAGCAUUCAACUACACAAAAAGGUAUUUUUACGUAGCUCUUCUUACAGCUAUAAACAUCGAGUCUAUAGAGACAGCUUUUAUUAGCUUUAGAUCGUUGAUCAAAUACUCUGACAGAAAAGUAACGUCUAGCGAGGCAGGUCCUUAUGUUAUUAGUCUGAGGAAUCAAUAGAUCUGACAUCGCACUAAUACAUGUAUAUGAAUAAGUAUUUUACAUAAAGGCUCAAAGAUUACGUAUGUCUUCUAGUACUUUAGUUUUCUUUAAGUAUAUAAGGCUGAAUGUUAGAUUAAGUCAAAGGUUUUCGAAUAUAAUAAUUUUAUAGUGUUGUGUAAGAAUUACGUUCAUUUUCUUUAUGAUAUUAUACUAUUUGAAACUAAAACUACCAAUGUUUAAAUAUCUUAAAUAAUAGUAUAAAAAUUAAGCUAAAAACCUUUGUAUUAUAUUGCUUAAAGUAUUUUAAUAUUGUGUAAGAACUCCGUCCAUUUUCUUUAUUAAAUUAUACAAUUGAAGCUCUAAGCUACUAUAUAAGACAUUAUUGUUCAUAGACUAAUAAAAUAAGCAGAUGGCAUUCAACUGAAGCACCGUAAUGGCGCCGAGUAAUAGAGAGAUGUGUGAGUAUGAAGUGUAUUGGAAAUUAAUGGCGAUCUGUCUUAAUAUUAUAUGCGUGUUGGUGUGUUCGUAUAUAUACAUAGAGGAAUUUACACCCAAAUUAUCCAAUAAAAUUGUUUUGUUGUAGUUUUUUGGGGGGACGAGGUAAACUCGAGGUAAACAUCGAAAAUAUUUAACACCAAUAAAUAUAUUCUGUGUUAUUACACUUUAUACAACUAUAGACUUGAUUUCCAAUACACACACCUGUAUUUUUAAUAACCAUGCUAGAUCAUGAUCAUAUACUUUUGACAGAGGGGUAACGUCUAACGUCAGGUCUUAAUAUAAUUGGUCUGAGUAUAUGUAUAUGCGAACUUGCAAAAUUGGGGUACGUCACUUUUUAGUUCAGAUAACGGUGUCUGGACUUUUUAUUAUGUCUAUGUUAUUAUAGUAUCAGAGUUAUACUAAAAAUAUGAAUUACAUAGAUCAAAAUUCACUAUUUACCUAGAUCUUGAUUAGAAUCUCACUAAAAUGCUAUUUCUCCAUUGCUAUAGCAUAGUAAGAACUAUAGUUACAUUCGAAAACAGCAAGGAAAGAGCAUAACGUAACUUACUCGUAUGAAUCUAUACUAUAUAAUUAUUUAUACUAAUAUUAUAAUCAGUCUGUCUGUCUUCACGGCCAUACCUCUUAACCGAUUUGGAUGAAAUUUGGUACAGAGAUAAAAUGGACUAUAGGGCAGAACAUGGCAUACUUUUUAUUCCGGAAUAGUCCAAGGUUCCCGUGAAAUUUUCAAAAAAUACAAUUUCAUGCGAACGAAAUCGCGAGCGUCCACUAGUAUGAUAUAACCCGUCAGUAUUGUUUUUUAGUUUUGAUAUACUUAAAUAAAUAAAUUUCUCAGAAAUUUCUCAGAAGUAAAUAUUAUCUACUAUACUAUAUAUAAUGAAAUUUAAACGCGGCACGAUAUAAACUUGCAAACUUAAAUACGCGGUGCGAUCAGUUUGGAUCGUACCGCGUUGCGAGAACCAGCUCAUGACUAAGGGCCCCGUAUGGGUUCGAAACUAUGGCCCUUAUUUGAUUUUUUAAAUCUGUGACCGCCCGAAAGACUAUCAAAAACCGUAAUUAAUUAUUUAAUACAAACAGGAUAAAAGCCAUUACAUUAUUUUAUUCAAUUUAUAACAAAAAACUCAAUAGCAUGACCAUAUUUUGAAAAUGUAGUAUAAUUUGUGCAUUUAACUAAUGUUUUUUGAGAAAUAAAUUUGAUAUUAAUAAAAUAAAUUAAAAAGUAGGUAGUGCAUAUUUUUUAUUUGCAUUUUAAUUGUUAGUGCCAUUAGGUUAAAUAUUUUGUACAUUGAUUUUCUAUUUGUAAUUAACUUAUAUUUUGUGUAUUUUUUUAUUGACCUAAUCGUGAAUAAAUACUAAUUAGAUUUUCUCAAAAAA